CCCUGAGUUCCUGUACCACCUCGUCAGGCUCUCUGAAGAGAUGAUGCUACCAUGUGACAGCUUUAAGACCAUCUCUGAGCGUCUGUACCAGGCCUUACCGUCUGCACCUCCAGAGAUGGAGCCAGUUAUUCAGGCCAUUAUAGACAACCUGAUGCAGAUCGCUCCAGAAGAUUGCUUGCCGAUGAAUAUGAAGUGCCCAAUAACACCAGCGAACGAUACCAGAGUCUGUGAAGGAAAUGCCAGUGAUUCGCUACAAAGUUAUUUGGCGACAUCAAAUACAACGAACGUGCCCUGUAACUUUACCCUGGAGGAGUAUGCCUGUGCAUCGCUGAAAGACUUCACUGCAGAACACCUGGUGUCUCUUCUGAAAUGUAACCUGCCCGGCAACUCCUCUCACUCCAAAGAGACGUGGAAGGUUCUCCUCACCAAACUGACCUCUGUCUUAGACCAAGCUCUGGACAUGUUCUCCAAUAUGUCCAAACCUGUGAUUGGUCCAGCAGUAUCGCAGGCGCUGGAUGUGAUUGGAGAGAUUCGGGUCAACAGGCUGACUGAGGAUCAGCUGAGAGACAGUGAUGUCAUCAGGAAGUGGUUCUCGGGCCGUCUGAGGGUGUUCCUGCCGUCUGCAUCAGCAGUGUUUCUGCACUGCCUCAGCACCAAGAACCUGAGCUGUGACUCGUAUCAACAGAUACUGAGGGAGUUCAGCAAUCAAUUUGACCAAAUGGACCAGAUGAGACAAGAGCUGGUGGUCAAAUACUUCAUCCAGCCCUUCCUGACCAAAAACUCCUCAGACUCUGGCUGUGUGUCCAACUCUAACAGCAGUGUGGACUGGCUGCAGAAGAACCUGGGGCGGUUUUCAGUCCUGCUGUCCCUCAGCGACCUGUUGAAUCUCAACACAGACUUCUCUCCUUUGUCAGCCCUGGAGGUUCUCUCUCCAAAGCAGACAGCAGAGCUGGUGGUGUUGCCUCUUCCUGGUCUUCCAGGGAAAGAUGUCAUCAUCAACACAGUGUUUGACUUCCUGUCUAAGUCACCAAAGGAGAGGAGACUCCCUGACUUCCUGUACCACCUCUCCAGGCUGUCUGUGGUGACUCCAGUCGGCUGCACGGUCUACCAGACCAUUUUUGUGAGACUGUACCAAGCCAUGUCAGCGUUGCCUCAAGAGAUGGAGCCAAUCAUCUGGGCCAGUGUUUAUGACCUCACAGAAUCUGCACCAAUGGAUUGUUCUCUGGUACCAGUUAACCAACAGUGUCCAGUGUCAUCGCACAAUGCAACAAGAGUCUGUGCCGGAGUUGACAGCUCGGCUCUACAACAGCUCUUGGACUCUGGGAUCUCGACGGGACGUCUAUGUGACUUCAGCAUCAAACAAUACGCCUGCUCUCAGCUGAAAGACCUCAAAGCUGAGAACCUGGUCACACUGCUGAAAUGUAAACUAUCAGAGAACAACACAGACUCCAAAGAGACCUGGAAGCUGUUCUUCACUAAAGCUUCUGCAGUUCUGGAUCAGGCUCUUGUGCUUCUCUCCAACCAGUCUGAGCCUGUGAUUGGCCCAGCACUAUCCCAGGUGCUGGAUGUGAUUGGAGAGAUCAGGGUCAACAGACUGACUGAGGAUCAGCUGAGAGACAGUGAUGUCAUCAGGAAGUGGUUCUCUGGGCGUCUGAGAGUGUUCCUGCCGUCUGCAUCAGCAGGGUUUCUGCACUGCCUCAGCACCAAGAACCUCAGCUGUGACUCUUACCAAGCUGUGGUGAAGGAGUUUGGAGCCCAGUUUGAUCACAUGAACCUAGAGGAGCAGCAGCUGGUUCUGAAGGAGCUGGUCGUCCCCUUCCUGUCUCGACCCACAUCAGACUCUGGCUGUGUGUCCAACUCUAACAGCAGUGUGGACUGGUUGCAGAAGAACUUGGGGCCGUUCUCAGUUCUUGUGUCCCUCGGGAACCUGUUGAAUCUCAACACAGACUUCUCUCCUUUGUCAGCCCUGGAGGUUCUCUCUCCAAAACAGACAGCAGAACUGGUGGUGUUGCCUCUUCCUGGGCUUCCAGGGAAAGAUGUCAUCAUCAGCAAAGUGUUUGACUACCUGACCGAGUCACCAAAGGAGAGGAAACUCCCUGAGUUCCUGUACCACCUCGUCAGGCUCUCUGAAGAGAUGAUGCUACCAUGUGACAGCUUUAAGACCAUCUUUGAGCGUCUGUACCAGGCCUUACCGUCUGCACCUCCAGAGAUGGAGCCAGUUAUUCAGGCCAUUAUAGACAACCUGAUGCAGAUCGCUCCAGAAGAUUGCUUGCCGAUGAAUAUGAAGUGCCCAAUAACACCAGCGAACGAUACCAGAGUCUGUGAAGGAAAUGCCAGUGAUUCGCUACAAAGUUAUUUGGCGACAUCAAAUACAACGAACGUGCCCUGUAACUUUACCCUGGAGGAGUAUGCCUGUGCAUCGCUGAAAGACUUCACUGCAGAACACCUGGUGUCUCUUCUGAAAUGUAACCUGCCCGGCAACUCCUCUCACUCCAAAGAGACGUGGAAGGUUCUCCUCACCAAACUGACCUCUGUCUUAGACCAAGCUCUGGACAUGUUCUCCAAUAUGUCCAAACCUGUGAUUGGUCCAGCAGUAUCGCAGGCGCUGGAUGUGAUUGGAGAGAUUCGGGUCAACAGGCUGACUGAGGAUCAGCUGAGAGACAGUUUUGUCAUCAGGAAGUGGUUCUCGGGCCGUCUGAGGGUGUUCCUGCCGUCUGCAUCAGGAGUGUUUCUGCACUGCCUCAGCACCAAGAACCUGAGCUGUGACUCGUAUCAACAGAUACUGAGGGAGUUCAGCAAUCAAUUCGACCAAAUGGACCAGAUGAGACAAGAGCUGGUGGUCAAAUACUUCAUCCAGCCCUUCCUGACCAAAAACUCCUCAGACUCUGGCUGUGUGUCCAACUCUAACAGCAGUGUGGACUGGCUGCAGAAGAACCUGGGGCGGUUUUCAGUCCUGGUGUCCCUCAGCGACCUGUUGAAACUCAACACAGACUUCUCUCCUUUGUCAGCCCUGGAGGUUCUCUCUCCAAAGCAGACAGCAGAGCUGGUGGUGUUGCCUCUUCCUGGUCUUCCAGGGAAAGAUGUCAUCAUCAACACAGUGUUUGACUUCCUGUCUAAGUCACCAAAGGAGAGGAGACUCCCUGAGUUCCUGUACCACCUUUCCAGGCUGUCUGUGGUGACUCCUGUCGGCUGCACGGUGUACCAGACCAUUUUUGUGAGGCUGUACCAAGCCAUGUCAGCGUUGCCUCAAGAGAUGGAACCAAUCAUCUGGGCCAGUGUUUAUGACCUCACAGAAUCUGCACCAAUGGAUUGUUCUCUGGUACCAGUUAACCAACAGUGUCCAGUGUCAUCGCACAAUGCAACAAGAGUCUGUGCCGGAGUUGACAGCUCGGCUCUACAACAGCUCUUGGACUCUGGGAUCUCGACGGGACGUCUAUGUGACUUCAGCAUCAAACAAUACGCCUGCUCUCAGUUGAAAGACCUCACAGCUGAGAGCCUGGUCACACUGCUGAAAUGUAAACUAUCAGAGAACAACACAGACUCCAAAGAGACCUGGAAGCUGUUCUUCACUAAAGCUUCUGCAGUUCUGGAUCAGGCUCUUGUCCUUCUCUCCAACCAG